AUUACACCCGACGGUCUGCACCGUAACCUGCACGAUUAUCAUCUGCUCGAGUCGAUUUUUGGCGUUAGAAGAGUCAAGCUGUCUAUCAGUCGCACUUAUGUUUCAUGUUAGUCUCGACUCCCGACUGACGGAAUGCAUUUGAUGAUGCCGUUAUUCCUCCGAAGCCGUCACGGUAUCGCUUGAAUACCAAUAAGUUCACGUUCGGCCGUUGGCCGUGUCAUUCACGUCAGGACUAGGUCAGUUUUUUAAUCCUCUGACUCCCGCUCCUUUUGCGUCCUUUCCGCUCCCUAUAACUCAGAACAACCUGAUCCUGUCCUUUCUUUUUCAACGAUGUAUACUAGAUGUGUCAUACUCGUAUUCGUUUCCUUGGUGGUGGUGGUGGUCAACGCCCAGUCACUGCUCCCAUCAUUCACCUACAAUUUGAUCGUCUCAUAUGUUGGUUAUGACUUUCUAGGUAAUUUUUCUUGGGAGACAGCGGACGAUCUGACGCAUGGCCGUGUCAACUAUGUCGACCAAGCUACCGCUCUCAAGGAUAAUCUGACUUUUGUUUCGGACUGCAAGUUUGUCAUGCGCGCUGACGACACGAAGAAAGUUGCAGAAUCUGCCCGCGGGCGAGACAGCGUACGCAUACAUUCGCUGAAUGCCUACGAUGACGCCUUGUUCGUCCUCGACAUAUCUCACAUGCCCGAGGGUUGUGCAACGUGGCCUGCGUGGUGGACAUUGAGUGAGAAAGGGCCCUGGCCCUACGGUGGCGAAAUUGAUAUCAUCGAAGGCGUCAACCUCGAUCAACGGAAUCUUGCCUCGCUCCACACCACACCGAAUUGCACCAUGCCAAAGGUUCGAUUACAGACAGGGUCCACAGAGUCCACUUCGUGCGACACAUCCGUAAACUACAAUCAGGGUUGCGGAGUCUCUUUCUCUGAGCAAGAAUCUUACGGAGCAAGCUUCAAUGCAGUGGGCGGUGGCUUUUAUAUCAUGGAAAAAAGCAGCACCAAGGGCAUUUCGGUCUGGUUUAUCACCCGCGACAGCUUGCUGCUUCUCGGUGGCGAGCCCCCCCUGGACUUAGUGCUUCUAUCGAUACCCGAUGCGUACUUCCCAACGAAUAUAAACUGCGACUACUCCAAACACUUCAAUGCACAUAGAAUCGUUUUUGAUCUGACAUUUUGUGGCGACUGGGCUGGGUCCGAGUCGGUGUGGAAUGCAUCCACAUGUGCAACAAAAGCCUCUACCUGUGACAGCUUUGUUGACAACAAUCCCGACGAUUUCACCGAAGCCUAUUGGGAAAUCAACUCCCUCAAGAUAUAUACACCUCAUGGUCUUUUGCGUUAGUUUGACGCCCGCCCUCAUUUUUGUCAUACGUCUUCCUUAUACCAUACUAUACCGCUAAUAACGUAGUGAGUCCGGACGAUCAUUUCAGCAUCAUAGAAGUCUGUCAUUUAGCCCUUGCAUUGUUUAAGUUACUCGGUAUUUUGCGUUAGGACUCUGGAGCUUGAAUACAAGUUGUCGAUGGGCCGAAUAUUCGGUACAUCAUACGUAGUUGAUAAUUGAUUACAUAGCAUUGACCAGCCUGCAGAAUCCCCCAGGUCAUAUUUAGAUGAUUUUAUGUGCGGCUCCUUGUUUCGUGUCAGCCGCAUCCUAGUCACCACUGUA